CUCACUAUUUCCAUCAUCAAUUUACACUCAAUAAUCCGACAUAAUAAAACCCAUCAUUUGGGUUCAGACCCAAAAAAAUCAUCACUCUGAGAAAAAAACCUACACACUACAAGUUACACAGUUACAAUAUUUCAACUUCUUCUUCAUCAGCAAUGUACAAAAACAAGCUUCAAGAGCUAUGCCAGAAGAAAUCAUGGUGUUUACCGGUAUACGACACCACAAGAGCCGGACCACCGCACAAUCCUCUUUUCACCACUACCGUUACCGUCAAUUCCAUCCCUUUUACUUCUUCAACACCCUCGCGAACCCUUAAGCUGUCCCAAAACGACGCCGCCUUUCUCGCGUUUAAUCAUUUCUCUGAACAAAACCCUAUUUCUCCGCCGUUUCUUCCUAAUCUAUCUACUUUUCCUCAACCUAGCUUCUCCGGUUCUCUCAAUGCAGCACUUUCGCAAGGUUCACCUGUUCAAAGCCCUAAUGUUGGUAACACACUUGCCACUAACAGAGUGCUGCAACCAAGUUCAGAACCAGCAUGCCAAACUCCUCGGAUCAAUAGCCCCGUCCCAACUGUUACAGAUGUCCCGGAAGCACAUGAUCUGAAAAUUAUGAUUCACUUGUACAAGAAUCAGCUCCAAAACUAUGCACAAAAGAGAAACUUAAGUCUUCCGGAGUAUGCUCCUGAGUGGGAGGGUCCACCUCAUGCCAUGCGUUUCGGAUGCAAAGUUACAAUUGAUGGACAUACCUUCCAGAGUCCUAAGUUCUAUUCUACAUUGAAGGAAGCUGAACAUGCAGCAGCUGAAAUUGCUUUUAAAUCAUUAUCACCAAAUGGAGUUCAAGAGGAUGAUAUUGGGGUAUACAAGAAUCUUUUGCAAGAGUUAGUCCAAAAGGAAGGAUCUAAAUUGCCUGUAUAUAGUACCAAUAAAUCUGGCGAGGCUCACAAGCCUAUAUUUACCUCACAAGUGGAGGUAGAAGGGGUGGUAUUUACUGGUCAGGAAUCUAAAUCCAAGAAGCAGGCAGAGAUGACUGCAGCCAAGGUUGCUUAUACAACUUUGAAAAAACGUAAAGCUCAUGAUGGACAAGCUCCUGAGUUUUCAUCUAACUGCCCAAAGGAAAAUGUCAUAACUGGUCUGCAACACCAUUCAAAUGGAGAAACAUCUGUAAGCCCUGGAUUAGUCAUCCAGAAUUUACCUAACAAAGUUAAAGUGGAGAAAACAUCGCCUUCAUCUGGAGAUACAAAUGUCUUCUCAGUAGUUUCUUCCUCAACAGAGUGCAAGCCUAUUCCUUCAUUCUUCGACGGCGGCAAUGUUGAUUUUGGGACAAAUAAUAUGUCAACUGCAGUAGACGACGACACCCCUUUGCGCCCAAAAAAGGUCAUUGUUUAUUCAAAAAAGACAAAUGUUGGUAUCGAAAGUGGUGGUGCUUUGAUGCAGAUCAGCGAUGACAAAUGGGCUGCUUUCUCCUAUUCUCAUUAAGAUGAUUGAAAGCUGCAGGCCCCAGGCUUCUUGUCUGAAUGGUAUUUUGUUGCUCAAAUGUAUUCUUGUAAAAAGUGAAUUGGGAUAAUCAACUUGGGAUUAAUGCUUAUAAGCACUCUGAUAAUUAUAAUUUUGUACUUUUUGUUUGCUUGAAGACUUAAUAGCAAGCUGGCUCACUGAGUUAUAUUAUACA